AGGGAGAGAGCACAGAGAGUAUGUCCGCUUUGCCACGCUGAUGGGGAGGAGCAUGUAGAGGAUGAGAGGCAUGUGCUGCUUGAGUGCAAGGCGUACGAUGAUAUCAGAAGCACGCUGUGGGAGGUGAUUCCCGCGACUAUGAUGGACGCGAUGGCCAGUGGUGACCAGAGGGGUUUAGCGCGUGUCAUUCACGCGAUAAGGCUGCGACGUAACGACCUUACGGCGCGACCAAUUUAGAUAUAUUAUUGCAUGAACUGUUUUGCUUUUUGAAUAAUCCUUUUGAGACUAGUUUUGGCGGUCCAUGAGCUUCCUGGCUCGUUUGGACCAAUCUACGAGCAUGAACUUGUAACAUCAAUCAAUCAGUGCAUAAUCCAUUCUGAGCCAUCAAGCUUUCGCCACAACCUAUCUAUAAAAAUGGCAGAGGCCGCUGAAGCGAAUGCUGACCUGAAGAACGAGUAUGGCUUUACCGAUGCACAAAUUGCGGAGUUCCGCGAAGCAUUUGCCAUGUUCGACAGGGAUGGCGAUGGCACGGUCAGCACAAAGGAGCUGAAGGACGUUUUUUCGAACCUCGGCCUGGACCUAUCCGAUGAGGAAAUAACGGACCUGGUGAUGCAAGUCGACUUGGACGCAUCGGGGACAAUGACGCUCACGGAGUUUUGCAUCCUCAUGGCAAAAACCGGCCUUGUGCCUGAUGACCCGGAGGCGGAGCUGCGCGCCGUGUUCAACGCCUUUGAUGACGACAAGUCCAACCACAUCUCCAUGAAGGAGCUCCAAGCCAUCAUGUUGAAACUGGGCGAGAAGCUGGCGGACGACGAGGUGGAGGCCAUCUUCAAGGAGGCGGGUUGCACGUCGGUGGACGCCGAAACCCAUGAGCUGACCAUGACGUUCAAGAACUUCAAGGACAUCAUGAAGGGAGCCAACCGCAGCUGAGGAGGCUGAGAGCAUGGAGGAGGCCGAGAGCAUGGAGGAGGCCGAGUGCAUGGAGGAGCGGGCCGAGGGGUUUGGAUAUGCCCAUAGUAUUCAAGGUGGGGAACCAGGGGAGGGAUACGUGGGGAUGACCUUGAGGGCUCCCUGCGGAGGACGGAGGGAUAAGUGUAGGCGGAAUGAGCUGCAGGAGCUGGGGCAAAGGGGCUGGAUGGUGGUGUGCUGAGGAGGCAGCAGCGGCUGAGACAACAGUGAGGGGGCUGCAUAUUCGGGGGCGGUGGUGUGGUGGACGCCAGCAACACGUGAGGACGCAUGAGCUGGGGAGGGGUAGCCAGGAGCUGUGAGGGAGCGGGACCUGGUUUGCCUUAGUCAGCACACCUUGUGUACACUAUGGUAUCUGCUUCGGUAGGCCGAUCCGUAUUCCAGAAAUUCUCAGGUCUUGAAUGCGGAGUUGCAGCUGGUAUGGUGCUAUGAAUCCAGGUUUGACGCACCAUGUGGGCGUGCGUUGACGACAUUAGUCACUGACGUGUAGGGUGCAGGGUGCGGGCGUGACACCUAGGCACUUUGCUUCGGGGUUUGGCAUUUUCAUCAUAAAGGUGACUACGGUAAACUGUAGAGAUGUCCGGUACUGCCGCGUGCUGAAGAUUGUUGUUUGGUGGGGGCUUGCGCGGGUGGGGGAAGCAACGCGGACGUGCGUGUCUGGAGUUGCCCAGCCGGCCAGCCCCGCGCUGUUACCGGGGCAAGGUGGCUAAACACUGUACACUGGAACCAUGUAAAAUAAGAAGUGC